AUGGCCUUUCCCCUCCCGCGGGGCAUUACGCCCCCGGAGAUAUCCUUUCUUGCUGAAAUGGAGAUGGUCACCAUCAUUCCUCGUCAACGCUUGGAGGGAUUGGAGCUUCUUGGGGGCCCCGUUGAGCCUCUCCUGCCACCUCGGCGCGCUUCUCUUCCGCUCUGGCUGGCUCUCCUCCUUAAACGCCAACGCCGCGCAAAUAUCCUUCCUCCGCCCUGGCUCCAUCCAGAAUCUCUUUCCCUCAUCCUCGAAAUUGAAACCCAACACCACGAGUACCAGCAUGCAUUCUCCGCGCCGCCUCCACUUCCAGGCCAACCAAGCCUUCGAGAUCGCGGAGAACGACCUGUCGCUAUGCCUCGCUAUACCCCAGAUGGCGGACGGUACUACCCAGCACCGCCAUUCCUCCCCCAGAAUGUCGCGCAGGACCAUGUUCCAUCUGGCGAGGCUCCAUCACUGCCAUUUCACUGGCUAGAAGUUGGAACGAUGCUUCUUGACGCUGCUAGUGAUGACUUAGUGGACCCGGACCAGACCCGAAGGCUCUUGAAAGAACUGCGUGAGGUGCGAACAGCUAAGAUAAGAUCAGGCGUGGAUGCGCUAGAUGCUGCUUCCACUGGCGGGGGUGGGGUAGCAUUAACCGGUGUCGGGGCAAUGGAGGUUGGAGAGGGAAGAGGCUUCAUUGCUGGUGUUGUCGAUGGACUAAGAAAGAUUGGUGCAUCAAAAGAGCAAGCGCGGAGAGAGCAGAUGGCAGAAGAUAUGGCCAAUGGUGGAUAUGACGCUACGCAAGACGACGAUGACGAUAUGGAGUUCUAA